AUUAUGUUAGCGUACACCACUUGGUAUGGCAUGUAUACAAGGAUAUACAGAAGUAGUUAAACUACUACUGGAGUAUAAAGCUGAUGUCAAUGUCACUGAUGAAAAUGAACUUACACCACUUUGUAAUGCCAGUAUACCAGGACAUACAGAAAUAGUUAAACUACUACUGGAGCAUGGUGUGGCUAAUGUUGAUCACACUGAUAAAGACAAUGAUACACCACUUGGUAUGGCUUGUGUAAAAGGAAGUACACAAGUAGUUGAACUACUACUGAAGCAUGGAGCUAAUGUCAAUCAUAUUAAUAAACAAAUACGUACACCACUUGUUAUGGCAUGUAUAGCAGGACAUACAGAAAUAGUUGAACUACUGCUGGAGCAUGGAGCUGAUUUUAAUGUGGCUGAUGAUGACAAUGAUGCACCACUUGGCAUUGCUUGUCAUCAAGGACAUACAGAAAUAGUUGAACUACUACUGAAGCAUGGAGCUGAUCUCAGUCACACUAAUACAAAAGAAUGUACACCAUUUGCUAUGGCUUGUAUUGGAGGAUCUAAAGAAGCAGUUGAACUACUAUUGAAGAAAGGUGGAGUUGAUGUCAAUGUCACUGAUGGUCUUAAAAAUACACCACUUGGUACUGCCUGUUUAAGAGGAUAUACACAAGUAGCUGAACUGUUAUUGAAGCAUGGUGUAGCUAAUAUCAAUCACACUAAUAUACAAAAACGUACACCACUUGGUAUGGCAUGUAUUGAAGGAUAUACAGAAGUAGUUAAACUACUACUGGAGUAUAAAGCUGAUGUCAAUGUCACUGAUGAAAAUGAAGUAAGAGAUACGCCACUUGGUAUGGCUUGUGUAAAAGGAUGUAAAGAAGUAGUUGAACUACUACUGAAGCAUGGAGCUAAAGUCAAUCACACUAAUAUUAAUGGACAUACACCACUUGUUAUGGCUUGUAAAAGAGGACGUAAAGAAGUAGUUGAACUGUUACUGAAGCAGGAUGGAGUUGAUGUUAAUGCCACUGAUGAACGAAAUAAUACACCACUUGGUAUUGCCUGUAUAAAAGGACAUACAGAAAUAGUUAAACUACUCCUGAAGCAGGAUAAAAAUAAUAUCAAGAACACUAAUACUAAAACUCCUACCGGUAUACCACUUUGUAUGGCCAGAGCAAAAGGGCAGCCUAAAAGAGUUGAUAUUAAUCACAAAAAUGCGGAAAACCGUACACCACUUGGAAGUGCCUGUCAUGAAGGACGUACAGAAAUAGUUAAACUACUACUGGAGCAGGAUGGAGUUAAUGUCAAUGCCACUGAUAAGGACAGUUGCACAGCACUUCAAAUUGCCUUUAUGAAACAACAUACAGAAAUAUUUGAACUACUACUGAAGCAUAAGGGAGUUGAUGUCAAUGUCACUGAUAAGGACAAUCGUACACCACUUGGUAUUGCCUGUCAUGAAGGGCGUACAGAAAUAGUUAAACUACUACUGGAGCAGGAUAGAGUUUGUGUCAAUGCCACUGAUAAGGACAGUCACACAGCACUUCAAAUUGCCUUUGAGAAACAACCUCAGAAACAACAUACAGAAAUAGUUGAACUACUACUGAAGCAUAAGGGAGUUGAUGUCAAUGUCACUGAUAAGGACAAUCUUACAAUACUUCAUAGUGCCUGUGAAAGAGGACAUACAGAAACAGUUGAGCUACUAAUGAAGCGAGAAGAUAUUGACGUUACUAAAUGUAAUAAAGAUGGUCUUAAUGCUCUUGAUAUUGCUGUAGAGAGAGGGAAAAAAGAUGCUGCAAUGGCUAUAGUCAAAAGUGAUAAGUGGAAGGAUGCAUUACGUAAUUAUAAAGUUGAGGAUACAAGUGAUAAAAGUUUUGAUAAAAAGAAAGGGGGUAGGUUUAGAAGAAUGUGGUGUUGCAAUAGAAAGGGAAAUCGUGAAGCUAAUAAGCAAUUCAUUACACCAAUGAGAAGAUUAAUUAAGAAGAUGCCAGAUGUAGCUAAAGUUGUUUUUGAGAACUGCUGCACGGAAGAUAACCCACCAGAUCAUCCUGAUCAUGAGAUUACUUUUAAUUAUGAGUUCCUUGAUGAUUUUGAUCUUAAUCACAUGACAACUAAAAACUGGCAUCCACCAUUAGAAUAUUCUAGUGAGAAUCAUUGUCUUAAUAUUCUUGCUGAUUCACCAAGUGCAGACUUAUUGAAGCAUCCACUUGCUGCUACACUACUUGAUCAAAAAUGGAAUAAAAUAGGACGCAUAGUCUAUUACACUAAUUUGUUUUUUUAUUUUUUAUUUGUCAUUUUACUGACAUCAUUUGCCCUCACUGUCCAUCCUCCAAAUUCAAACAUAUGUAUGGAAGUAUUUGGAAAUGACAAUGAAACAUCUAUUGAUUGCUUUACAGAGGAAAGAUUUGUAUCUCAAAUAUACAUACCUAUUGCUAGUAUAUGCCUGAUCGUUUAUUCUGCAAUCUUGAUAAUACGAGAAGUAUUUCAACUGGUUUUGUUUAGAAAAGAGUAUUUGACCAGUCCUGUCAACUACAUUGAAGUCUUACUAUUCAUCUUUACAAUAAUAUUUUCAUCAGUACGUAGCAACCAGUGCUACUGUACUCAUCUAUGGCAGUGGCAGGUUGGAGUGAUUGCUGUAUUCCUCAGUUGGAUUACACUGAUAUUCUCCAUAAGAAAGUUACCAGUAGUUGGAAUAUAUGUUGUCAUGUUUAUUAAGAUUUUUAACAACUUUAUUAAAGUUGUUGUCCUUGCCUUACUAUUAAUCUCAGCCUUUGCAGUUCCUUUUUAUAUGAUGUUUUAUGAUCCUCAAGAUAGAGCAGAAGGAAUACGUACUCCAUUUAUCACUCCAUGGAGGACAACUGUUAAGGCAAUAACAAUGACAGUGGGGGAACUUGAUAUGGAUUCUUUAUUGCGACAGAAUAAUCAAGUGAAUGCCCCUGAUGUACAGUAUCCAGUGGUUUCCUUUUCAUUGAUAAUUGUGUUUGUGAUUUUAAUGCCAAUUCUAUUUCUUAAUCUAUUGAUUGGUUUAGCUGUUGGUGACACUGAUGAAAUACAAAAAUCAGCUGAUACUUACAGACUAACUCUGAGA